GUAAAAUCCCCUUCUACUCUCUUUCUCUCCCACUCUCUCUUCGUUGGGUGGCAAAGGAAUAAAGGGAGCAUCCUUCUCAAGUCUUCCUUCUUUAACUUUUGGCUGUCAGUUCCACAGAGAGAUGUACAGAGAAAGAUACAUGACAGGGACCACUGUCUGCUCAUGUAAAGCUUCCCCUGCUGGAUUAUGUAAUUUGACGGAUUGCUUGGAUGAUGCUUGAAGCUUCAAACCGAGGACUCGUAUGCUGAAAGAGCAACGUUUUCCUGAAACUCUUUAGUCUUUCAGUUAAAGGAUGAACAUGGCAGCCAUCAGCCAUGCGUUCUUCAUGUACAAGUUUGUUGCCUGACUUGGUUUGUUCGCCGGUGGACAUGUAACCCUCGGGGGAAGGUUUCCAGUGUUGGUGGACGGCUGGGGUUGAACAUGGCAAGGGGAACCUCUUAUAGCGAUCUGCUGUUUUUGGCCAACGUUUGUUAGCCACGUCCCAAAAUCCAAAAGGCAGGGAUGGGCAGGAAUCGCUUGCAACACCAAGUUGCCUGCAUGAGAAGGUCCCUAUUUGAUCAGGGAUUCCUUGACGAGCAAUUCAUCCAGCUGGAGGAGUUACAAGAUGAUGCCAGCCCUAAUUUUGUACAAGAAAUUGUUACACUAUUUUACACUGAUUCAGCAAGAUUGAUUCAGAACAUCGAACAGGCACUGAACAAUGGGCCUAUUGACUUUAGUAAACUGGAUGAUUACAUGCAUCAAUUCAAGGGUAGCAGCUCCAGCAUUGGAGCUAAAAAGGUGACCGAUGAAUGCAAAGUGUUCAGAGAAUACUGCAGUGCAGAAAAUGCUCAAGGAUGCAUUAGGACUUUUCAGCAAGUCAAGCAAGAGUAUGCAAUCUUGAGGAGGAAGCUCGAAGUUUACUUCCAGAUGGUGAGACAGGCUGAUGUUGCUCACACACCAUGAGGUGCCUGGCCUGUCAGGUGCUGAUAUAAAUGGAGAUAUAUAAACUGAUAUAGCCUUCACUAAAAUUAGUUCCAUUACCAUGGAAACAAGGAUCCUUUGUCGAUGAUGCAUGAGUAACUAUGUCCUGAAUAUCUAAAUAUCAUCAAUAAUAUGCCACUUUAUAUUUCCCA